AUGAGCGAGUGGUACUACCUUGACCCUAGCGGCCAGGAGCACGGCCCCGUGGCACCCAGCAAGAUCAGGAACUGGGUGCGCAAGGGCCACUUUGUUGAGUCGGUGCAGGUCCGCUGCCGGACGCCCUGGAUGCCUGCCGGCCUUGUGGCGGCUGUCAUGGGCGAGGCGGAGGACCAGCCGCCAGCUCAGCAGGACGCCUUGCCGGCCGCCGGCCGCCGCACUAGCAGCAGCAGCAGCAGCGUGCCCGGCGCAGACCUGCUGACUAUGCCAGGUGCCAGCAUCGCGGCAGCGCUGCGCACGUCGAGCGUGCCGCCAUCACAGGCGCCCGAGCAGCCGCCCCCGCCGCCGCCCAGGAGUGUGAGCAUGAGCAGCACUGCGGCGGCGGCCGCCGCAGCAGCUGCAGCCAUGGUGGCAGGCCAGGUGGCGCCGCAGCCACCGCCACCGCCGCCUCAGCGGGACACAGUGCUGCCAGCGCAGCAGCAGCCGCAGCCGCGCUCGCCCCCGGCGCUCCCGUCGCAGCAGCAGGUGCCAGCACAGGCGCAGCCGCCCCAGCCGCUGGCGCAGCAGGUCGCGGCGGCAUCCGGGGGUAGUGCUGGUAGCACCCCUGCCGCCCAGGACCAGCAGCAGCAGCAGCAGCAGCAGCAGCCGCAGGACACCUUGGCUGCUGUGCUGUUUCAGAAUGGCUGCGAGGCCGGGAAAGAGCCGCUGUGGCGGUUCCUGGACACGACGGGCGCGAUUCAGGGCCCCUUCAGUUCACGCCAGAUGACAGAGGGUGCAGCCACGGGGCGUUUAACAGCCGAGACGCUUGUGUGCGGCGCGGACAGGUCGCUCGACGCGAUCCCGCCCGGCAAGCCCCUCUUCGAGAAGCUAGGGGACCUCCUGGCGGCCACAGCCCGCGGCGCCCGCUACCGGCCUGUGACCAUGGCGGAGCUCCGCAGCCGCAUCCCCCGCAGCGCCGGCGGCGGCUCCGGCGGCGGCGCCGCGCCCACGCCGCCGGCCCCGCAGGCGGCGGCCCCGACGGGGUUGCGGUCGGGCUCCGGCGUGUCCCGCGGCGGCGCCGGCGGCCCCGGCGGGGCGGGCGCUCGCGGGCUGGGGGAGCGGCGCGGCAGCGGGGCGCCCAGCGGCCUGCAGAGCAGCGGCGGCGGCGCCGGGGGCGGCGGGAGCGUUGUAGGUGGGGCAGGCGCGCCGGGCGCGGGCCUCGCCUCGGUGCUGGCGGCGCUGCAGCAGCAGUAUGGCGGACAGAUUCCUUCUGAGGUGGUGCAACACCUCAUGUUGCAGCAGGUCGCCGCACGCCAGCACCAGCAUCAGCAGCAGCAGCAGCAGCAGCAGCAGCAGCAGCUUGGCGGCGGGGCGCCUGCGCUCGCGGUGCACCCAGCCCUGGCAGCGGUGCAGCAGGCAGCGGCCGCGGGUCGGCCCGGCAGCGGCGAUGGUGGGCAUGGGCUCAGCGUAGCGCGCACACAGAGCAUUGGCGCGCAUCAGGCCGCGCUGGCGCAGGCGGCUGCCGCCGUGCAGGCGCAACAGCAGCAGCAAGUGCAGCCGCAGCAGCUGCUACUGCUGCACCAGCAGCUGGCUCAGGCGGGGCUGCAGUUGCCAUUGCAGCAGUUGCAACAGCUAGCGCCGCAGCAGCUGCAGCUGCUGCAGAUGCAGGUGCAACAGCAGCAGCAACAACAGCGCGUGUCUGCGGCGGCGACAGCAGCCCAGCAAUUGCAGCAACAGGUGGCUGCUGCACAGCAGCAACAGCAGCAGCAACAGCAGCAGCAACAGCAGCAGGCUGCACAGCAGCAUCAGCAGCAGCAGCAGCAGCAACAUCAGCAGCAGCAGCAGGCCGCUGCAGCGGCGCAGAUGCAGCAGCUGAUCAUGCAGCAGCACCAGCAGCGCGUCCUGGCCGCGCAGCAGCAGCAGCAGAAGCAGCAGCAGCAGGCGCAGGCGCAGGCCCAGCAGCAGCUCAGCUUGCAGCAGCAGAUCCAGGCGCUCCAGCUGCAGCAGGCGCAGGCGCAGGCGCAGGCACAGACGAGUGCCACAUCGGCCGCGCAGCAGCUGGCGAUGAUGAUGGCGUCUGGCGCCGCCAGCGCGCCCCAGCAGCACUCGGCCCUGAGCGCCACGCAGGUGCUCCCCCCGCCGUCCUCCCUGUCCCUCGCCUCCUCUCUCUCCCUCGGGGGCGGCGGCGGCGGCAGUGCCGGCAUGCAGCAGCUGCCAUCACUCACGCUGCAGCAGAUGCAGCUCGCGCAGCCCGGGCUGCCGGGCAUCUCAGCGGCGUCGGCUGCGCCCGCGACGCUGGUGCAUGGAGCUGCUGCAGCUGUAGGCGGCAGCAGUGGCACGGGGAUGUCGGGGAUGACGGCGAUGCUCCAGGCGGCUCUGGGUAACCUGCCGUCUCUGCAGGCGCAGCUGCUGGGCGCUGGCUCCGGCCUGGGUACGGGCUUGAGCGCGAGCGGCAGCCUCACGCCGACGGCCAGCGCGGCGGCCUCAGAUGCGCUCGCUGCAGCGGGCGGAAGCGGGUCUGUGGCGAGCGGUGGCGGCGGCGGCGACGGGGGCGGGGGCGGUGGUGGUGGUGAUGGCGGUGUUGGCGGCGGCGGGGCAGCAGAGGGCGGCGGUAGCACCGGCGGCGCGAGCGCGGGCGGGGGUGCGGACGGGGCGGCUAGCGCGGGAGACGGGGUUGCGGGAGAAGGCGCGGCCUGA